AUGCCAGACGAAGUUGAGAUGCGGCGGCUCGAAGCGGGCGAGCAUGUCGAGAUGCCCGCGGAGCCGCCACCACCAGACGAGAAUAUUCCCGUUGACAAUGCUGCCCAAGAGACACUUUCCAUGCCAGCUAUGCCAGCUAUGCCAACCCCACUAAGGACAGGCGGGAGAUCUCUGGGAUCCUUGGGAAGAGGCCUCUAUUUCGGCCCCGAACCGGGGGCCCGGCCACGUGUCUACCGUGAGCAGGAGCCGGUCCACCCCGCCGUGUCCGCGCCGGCUUUUGCAGCCACCGGAGACAAUAAUAUCAACGAUAGCCGCUCGGAGUAUGUAUCCGAGAGGGUGAGUUUCGAGUCCUUGAACGCACCCCGACUCCGAGCCCCCCAGGUCGAGGAGCCGCCGCCGAAGCUGGUCUACGGUAUUCCGAGCCGGCAGUUUGCCCGCGCGCUGGCGCUUGUGGUGCUGUUGGUGAUCGCGGCCAUGGGCUUCGGCAUUGCCAUCGGCCAGAUCAUCCAGGGUAACGGACCCGGGCGCAACUUCAACGGCAACACACCCGCGGCAAGCACGGCUCCUGCCUCGACAGAGACUGCAACUUCGACAUCAUCGGGCCUCGACAGCGGCGACCCGUUUCCCAGUGAGAGCUCCCUCCCGGCCUCAGACUUGCCGACCACGACACGGUUUUUCCCGCCCGUUCCGUGGCCCAAGCCAACGCCGACGCUGACGUCAACGCCAACGCCGAUGCCGACAUCGGACUACGACCCGCUCAUUGAAUUCAGAUCCGAGGCCAUGCGCCCUACGGUCACGGCUCGCGACUGUUGCGAAUGCGUGCCGCCCGUGUCCAACAUGCCUCUGUCGCCUGACGGCGGGAGGAGAAGGUAG